UCAUGAGACACAGACAACCUGUUGGGAUCAUCCUAAAAUGACUGAUCUCUUCCAGUCCUUAGCUGACUUGAACAACGUACGCUUCUCUGCCUACCGUACGGCCAUCAAAAUCCGAAGACUGCAGAAAGCACUGUGCUUGGACCUGUUGGACCUGAACACAACAAGUGAAGUUUUCAAACAGCACAAGUUGAGUCAAAAUGACCAGCUGAUUGGUGUCCAGGACGUGAUCAGCUGUCUCACUACCAUCUACAGUGGACUUGAAGAGAAACACAAAGAUAUGGUGAAUGUUCCUCUCUGUGUAGACAUGUGUCUUAACUGGCUACUCAAUGUAUAUGACAGUGGCCGAACUGGAAAAAUUCGAGUGCAGUCCCUGAAAAUUGGCUUGAUGUCUCUUUCUAAGGGCCUUCUGGAAGAGAAGUACAGAUAUCUCUUCAAGGAAGUGUCAGGCCCCACGGAAAUGUGCGACCAGAGGCAGCUGGGCCUGCUGCUUCACGACGCCAUCCAGAUCCCGCGGCAGCUUGGGGAAGUGGCAGCCUUCGGUGGCAGCAACAUUGAACCCAGCGUGCGCAGCUGCUUCCAACAGAACCACAAUAAGCCAGAAAUAACUGUAAAGCAAUUUAUAGAUUGGAUGCGCUUAGAGCCACAGUCUAUGGUAUGGCUACCAGUUCUACACCGUGUGGCAGCUGCAGAAACAGCAAAACAUCAGGCCAAGUGCAACAUCUGUAAAGAGUGUCCAAUUGUUGGCUUUAGGUACCGGAGCUUAAAACAUUUCAACUAUGACGUCUGUCAGAGCUGUUUCUUUUCUGGCCGUACAGCCAAGGGGCAUAAGUUGCAUUACCCAAUGGUGGAAUACUGUAUACCUACAACAUCUGGGGAAGAUGUACGGGACUUCACGAAGGUACUGAAGAAUAAGUUCCGGUCAAAGAAGUAUUUUGCAAAGCAUCCCCGACUUGGCUACCUGCCUGUGCAAACAGUAUUGGAGGGUGACAACCUUGAGACUCCUAUCACUCUCAUCAGUAUGUGGCCAGAGCAAUAUGAUCCUUCCCAGUCUCCACAUCUGUUUCACGAUGACACACACUCCAGGAUAGAGCAGUAUGCUACGAGGCUCGCACAGAUGGAAAGGACCAAUGGCUCCUUCCUCACGGACAGUAGCUCCACCACAGGAAGCGUAGAGGAUGAGCAUGCCCUUAUCCAGCAGUAUUGUCAGACGCUGGGAGGAGAGUCGCCUGUGAGUCAGCCACAGAGUCCUGCUCAGAUACUCAAGUCAGUGGAAAAGGAAGAGCGAGGAGAGUUGGAGCGCAUCAUUGCUGACCUUGAAGAAGAGCAAAGGAGUCUGCAGAUAGAAUAUGAGCAACUAAAGGAGCAACAUCUUCGGAGAGGAAUAAACCCUCUUGCAUCACCUCCUGACUCCGUUGUGUCACCUCAGCAUGCUUCUGAAGAUGCCGAGCUCAUUGCUGAAGCUAAACUCCUGAGGCAACAUAAAGGUCGCCUGGAAGCAAGGAUGCAAAUAUUGGAAGAUCACAAUAAACAACUGGAGUCUCAGCUUCACCGACUAAGGCAGCUACUUGAGCAGCCCGAGUCAGACUCCCAGGUUAACGGCGCCUCCCCUUGUGCUUCACCCCAGCACUCUGCCCUCGGCUACCCGCUCGAACAAGAGACGAGCUCAGAGUUUCAUCAGACAGUGGGAGAUGACUUGUUAGUUCCACCUCAUGAUACCAACACAGAUCUAACAGAUGUUAUGGAGCAAAUCAACAGCACAUUUCCAGCUUGCUGCU